CAACCGGCAUGGAGGCGGUUUCAACCUUCCACAUCCGAUAUCGGCCUUUCUCUUCCGGUCACGACGACAGCAGCCUGCGUGAAGAUGGUGCAGCGCCUGACAUACCGACGUCGGCUGUCCUACAACACCGCGUCCAACAAGACCAGACUGUCCCGGACGCCCGGUAACCGCAUCGUGUACCUGUACACGAAGAAGGUUGGCAAAGCCCCCAAGUCAGCAUGUGGCAUCUGCCCAGGAAGGCUGCGUGGAAUCCGGGCUGUGAGACCUCAGGUUCUCAUGAGGCUCUCCAAAACCAAGAAGCAUGUCAGUAGGGCUUAUGGAGGCUCCAUGUGCGCCAAGUGUGUACGUGACAGGAUCAAGCGUGCUUUCCUGAUCGAGGAGCAGAAGAUCGUCGUCAAGGUGCUCAAGGCACAAGCACAGAGCCAGAAGACAAAGUAAAAUGUAUUUGUAUUGCCACAAUAAAACAAAAAAUACAAACAUUGA